UCGGGCGGCAAAUGUCCUGAGGAGAAAGAAGGCGACCGCAAAAUGGCCCCGAAGAGGCGGCUGAGGAACAGCGACGGGCAGGAUCCCCCGUCGAAGGUCUUCAUCAUGGAUGAAACAGUAGCAGAAUAUAUUAGAAGAACUGUGCUGCGAAUACCACGUUCAGAAACAUCGAAAAUGCUGACUUCAUGGGGGUUUCUGUCUGAGACUCAACUUCAAUCUUUAAAAAUUCAUAAUUUCAAGGAAAAAAUAUCUGAAGCAGUUGUUGAACUUUGUGAGGAGAACCAGGCAACUAUCAAAGAUGCAGCACAGUUGGACUUAAUUUACAACUACAUCUAUCAAGACAAAAAGAAUUGGAUUGUUUACCAAAUGACUAGAGAAGAUGAUGAAGAUGCGGUCAUUUUUAACUGGACAACUUUCAAAAAGAAAUUUAAAUGCACUCUGCUAUCUGUUUUGAAAAAUGCAACAAUCAGCUUUAAAGAAUAUGAAGACAAUGCAGUGUGGAUUCGAAUUGCAUGGGGAACACAGUAUACAAGGCCUAAUCAAUACAAGCCAACCUACGUAGUUUACCAUUCACAAACCCCUUAUGUCUUUAUAACCAAUUCUAAGGUUAGGAGAAAUAACACUUUGCUCUUUCAGGCUCUGUUGGCUGCUACCUGUUACAAAGACAUCCAUGAAAUGGGUCUCCGAAGCCAUUGCUUAAACUCUCUUAAAGUUAUUUUGUUUAAAAGAUUUUCCCAGACCUUUCAGACAUACCUCCCUCAACCUCUACAAGAAAAAAACAGUGCCCUGGAAAAUGUUGAUCCAAGAAUAAUUCUCGAAGAUAAACAUGAAAAGGAGAGAAUUCACAAAGUUAAUCAGGAAACUUUUGGCAAUGGUCCUCAGCCAAAGUUAGAACACGCACAAUACAAGCUUGAAACAGUGUUUAAAAGUGAAGAAAGAAGCAUCCUGAAUACUGAUGAACCAUUUAGAUGUACAAUUCGGUUUUCUAGUCCUCAUCUUCUAGAAGCCCUUAAGUCUCUAGGGCCUUCUGGAAUAGCAGAUGCUCCUCUUUCACCACUACUCACCUGCAUCACUCGAAAAGCCAGGAAUUAUUUUAAAAUCAGAGAGAAAAAAGAUGAUCUUUCACAAACCAGUAAUACCUUUCAAGUAAAUUGAAGAAGAGAGACAGAUAUGGACUCCUCUCUCUCAAGCUUCCUGCAUCUUUCAUAUUACUGUAUGGCUUGCAGAAAAAUAAACUUUAUAACUUGGAAGGUUGAGACACUCCUUGUAACUCCAGUAACUCUUCAUACGCGUGCCACAUUCUUCUGAAGCAAACCAUACCAAAAAGAUUUUAGAAAUGGAAUAAUUCACAGUAUUGUCUUUGGAGAUUUUAGAAAUAAUUAUCAGUGAAGGUUUGUGUAUUCUUACAGCUGAAAAUGACAAUUUGAUUUUAAAUAUGUUAGUUAACUGAUGCAUGUGAGAUAAAUAAACCUAUAGACUUAUUUAUAAAAUUGUAAUCACGGCAUGUAAUUUUCAGACAAGGAUAGACAACAAAGCUGUUCAUUUUAACUGCUAGUCAGGAUAACAAUAUUCUAUGCUGGGAGUCAACCUCUUACAAAAUAAUAACCAUAGGAGAUCCAUAAGGAAGGAAGAAGAAAGGAAGAAGAAGAAUCUUUUCAUCCAUCUUUUACUAAUCCAUCAUUCCAUUCUGAUCUGUUGAACAUAAAAUUUACUUUACGUACAGGUUUGAAAGAUGAGUAGCUUGCAUUGUAUUUGACAUUAAGGGAAAGACACUGGCCCUUUUCCAUGGCCAACAUCAAUAUACAGGCUUACAUGUUUUUAAAAAAGCACUUGGGUUAUUCUAGUAGGCUUAUUUAUACACCAGUGCAGAUGUUAUCAAUGCUCAAUCGGUAUUGUCUAAUUAAACAUGAAAUGUUAAUCUGGUGUAUAUAAUUAUUUUAUUUGCUUGUUUUGGAGAAGUUGCUGGGAACACAAAAUGCACUCUACAAACAUUGAUGAUAAAUGUUCAAUUAUACUAAAUUGAAUUUUAAAAUGAAAUGUUAGUGAAUCAUGUAUAUUUUUUAUAGUAUGGCUUUAUAUGUACUUAGAUGUCCAUGACAGAAAAGGAAUAUAUAUCAGCCGUA